UGCGCCCUCAAUUGUCAAAAAUUCCGCAUCCAAAGAAACAAUAAACGAAUUUGGACUUCGACUUUUGGAGUUAAAUAUACGUUGCUUCCAAUUCCAUUCUGAAGUUGACCUCCACACAACCAUGCCUCUUCUUGGGAAUAAGUUCAACACCAAGAAGACCCCACCUAGAAGGUCAGCCUCCCUCAACAACCUGAAUCGCUUAGAGAGUUCGAUCAGAGAUGAGGAGUACGGAAUGACCUAUGGGCAACCAAAAGUCAAGCUCGGGGGUCAAGAACUCAAGUUUGAUGAAGACAAUGGGGUGUGGAUUGCAGAAUCUGGCAAUGCUGGAGGGGUCAGUCAGAGGGAUUUCAUCAAAGUGAGAAAGCAGAACAAAUCAUUGGCUGAAGAAAACAAUCUACUCAAACUCAAGAUUGAACUUCUACUAGACAUGUUGGCUGAAACCACAGCAGAGAAGCACUUAAUGGAGAAGGACCUAGGAGAGUAUGGACACUCCUCGAGUUCAAAGAAGAAGAGCAAGAGCCACAAGAGAUGAUGACGACAGAACUCUUUCAAUCUGAGUGUAAUGCUGAACAUUCUACAUGCAUGCAUGCAUCAAACCCCGCAUGGUAUCCAUGAAGACAAAGGACCGGGAAGAGUCGAGUCAGAAAAAAAGCCUAAGACCUAAGAUCUUUAAUGCUGGACAUUUCGUGCCUGCAUCAAAUACCCUUGAAAUGCAUCAAGAAGCAAGACAUUUGAGUAUCUGGACAGUCCUCAUAUCACAAAAAAAAUAAUGAGCUAAAGGCUUAGUAGAUGAGAGUUACAAGACACUUUGAAUUGUUAUUGCUAGCGGUUGAAGAGAUGAUGUUUCCUGAAUCUGUAAUCCUAGACAUUUCAUAAGCAUUUUUAGGAGGGAGGAUUGGAAGGGGUAGAGUACCGCCCCCCCCCCCCCCCACAAACAUUUUUUAAAGAAAGGAUGAACUAAAGAAUAAUAAUGAAGCCUUUGAGCAUAUGUUGUGGAAGUGAAUCAGCCCAAGUACUCCCAACCACC